AUGUGUGAUAUUGAAAAGUCCAUACCAUCAAACCAGGUAUCUCGAUCUGCGCGGGAUCCGUAUUUCCAAGAACAAUUAAUGAAAAGUAUGUUACAAUGGAUAGAUAGCUUCAAUAAAGAAAGAAGUUCCCUUGAUGUAGCCUCUGAUUAUUGUGACAACGUUAAAGACGAACGACGAGUCAAUACUCUGCAAGGUACCACUGCACAUGUCAAAAACGUAAAUGAGAGCCGUCAGGUCAUUAAUGUACCAAUGCAGUUGAAUGAAAGUGUAGUUAGAGUGAGCACGGAACCCAGUACUACCAGAGAUAUAUGGAUUAGGUUGAAGCAGCACAAGUGGUCCAUACUUGCAUUUGUGUGUGGUGUAGUCUUGGCACUAGUUAUAGUUGUCCCUGUGAUGGUGUCAAUAUUUUCAUCAACAGAAACGGAUGACCGAGCUGAAUAUUUAUUUUUUCUGAAAUUUGACAGACAGUCGACUCAUUCAUUAGUGUUCAUGUCCGAUGAUAAUACAGUCCUGGGCAAUUCUUUCACUAAAGAGACACCGAAUCUCGUAAAUCAUCCAGAACAGUUUAACACUUACAAAGGAACACUAGGAAUUAGAUGCUUAACUUCCAUGAGUAAAAUGUACUUUGAAAUUAAGUUCUUGUUCAAAAUAUUGCAGUCCCUGAAUUAUGACUCAACAGACUUAGUCCUCGAAGUAGGAGUGGCCAGUCGUAAACAAAUAGACAGUAACCAUUAUGUAGGAAAACAUGGAUGGUCGUUUUUCAUUAAUAAUUGCAAUACUAGCAUAUGCCUUAUAGCCAAACAUGGUACUUCGAACACCCGUGAGGAAGUAAAGAUGAUAGACACCACUAAUUCAGUCGGUAGAGUGGACACAGGAAUACUUGGAUUCUUCAUUAACAUGGAGCGUAAUGAGUUCUCCGUUAUUGACAAGGACAGUUUGAAAAUAUUGUUCACGUUUACAAAAGUAGUGUCCGCUGAUCAGCUUUGUCUAGCGUUUGGUGUUUAUAAUCCUAAAACAUUUGAAACAAAACUUGAAAUAAUGUAUGCAUACGAUUUUAAAAAUAUUCCAAUUAUUAAUGUGAUUGCUUAGAAU